GAUGUUUCUGUAUUUCUGUUAUUUGUAAAUAUAGUCUUUUAUGUGUGUGUUAUCGCUAUCCAAAAUCAUUAGAGCUCGGAGAGAAAUGCAGAAGCAGCUGUGCCCAUAACAAAGAGAAUUAACUUAGGCAAGGUGCAUCCAGCUUGUGCUGCUUGCUAGCAGCUGACAUACUAGGAAACCUAGUUGGCUAACUACUUACCUGUAGUCACAUCCAGAAGCAGGAGCAUGAACCACAGACAUGGCAAUAUAUGGACUGUCUAUCACCAUUGGGAUACUGAUCAGUGGAUUACAUUGCUGUCUGAGUCCUGAUGAUUUUGUAGGUGCUAGAGCCCACGGGGAUAUUAUUAUUGGUGGUCUGUUUGCAGUACAUGGUAAAAUGGUCAACUCAGCCAAGGGAUAUCCCCAAAGGCCAGUUAUUCAGAACUGUGAAGGAUUUGAGAUUAAAGGAUUCUUACAAUUACUGGCGAUGGCUCAUGCUAUAGAGAUGGUUAAUAACUCAUCACUUAUACCUGGUAUAAAACUUGGAUAUGAAAUUUAUGACACUUGUUCUGAAGCCACAUUGGCAGUUUCAGCAGCAUUACGUUUCCUGUCUACGUAUAACACUUCUAUGGAACUGCUGACAUUCAAAUGUAAUUAUUCGGAUUUUACACCUAAGGUUAAAGCUGUCAUUGGAGAUAGUUAUUCAGAAGUUUCUAUUGCUGUUGCAAGGUUGUUGAAUACUCAACUCAUCCCACAGAUCAGCCAUUCAUCAUCUGCUAAAAUACUGAGUGAUAAAUUUCGCUUUCCUGCCUUUCUGAGGACAAUACCGAAUGACUACUACCAAACUAGGGCUAUGGCAAAACUUAUUCAUUUCUCUGGCUGGAACUGGAUUGGAAUUAUAGUUAUGGAUGAUGACUAUGGGAGAUCAGCUCUAGAAAGCUUUGUCAUCCAGGCUGUGGAAAUCAAUGUCUGCAUUGCUUUUAAGCAGAUCAUCCCUGCUCACUUAUCGGACAGCACAGUAGAAACCUGCAUAGAUGAAACCAUCAAGAAAAUACUAAGUGAACCCAGAGUGAAUGUCAUUGUCACUUUUUUGAAACCUUCACUGGUGUAUAAACUUUUUAAAAAGUUAAUGGCAAAGAAAAUAGCAAAGACAUGGAUAGCUAGUGACAGCUGGUCUUUAUCCAAUGAAAUUAGUAGUAUACCAAACAUUCAGAAGAUUGGACCUGUCAUUGGAUUUUCAUUUAGAAGCGGAGAUACAACAUCUUUUCAAGACUACAUCAAAAAUCUACAUCAACAAAAAUUUGAGAUGAACCGUUUAUUGGACCAGUAUGCAGUACUUUUGUCUGACUGUCCUAAGAUGAAAUACAAUGAAAUGUAUGGCUGUGUUACCAAUUAUUCCAAGGAAGCCGUAUUUGAUAGAAGAACGGCCAAAACCAAGACACUCCGAGUUGAUUUUCUUUCAGCCACAGUACAUCCAGGGCUUGUCUACAGUACUCAGCUGGCAGUGAAUGCUAUAGCCCAUGCAAUUCGAAAGCUAUGUUCGGAUCGAAACUGCAAAAAUCGAAAUGCUUUUGCCCCAUGGGAGCUUCUACAGUCACUGAAAACUAUCAACUUCACCUACAUGGGAAGGACUAUUAAUUUUGACUCCAGUGGGGAUGCCGACACUGGAUAUGAUGCGCUGAUCUGGAAAACGGGCACUGAUGGAAAGAUUGAUUUUAAUAUAUUUGCUGAAUUUGAUGCCCAAAAAGAUAUGUUCAUAUUCACGAGCCAGGAUAAAGAGAAUAAGUUCAAACAUUUGAAGAAGAUCCGAUCUCGAUGUUCAGAUGAAUGUAAGCCCGGCCAAAUGAAGAAAUCAUCAAGGAGUCAGCAUACAUGUUGUUAUGAGUGCGUUGCAUGCCCUGAAAAUCACUAUACCGGUUCUUCAGAUAUGGUCUAUUGCUCUCAGUGCAAUAACAAGACUCAGUGGUCUCCAGUCAACAGUUCCAUAUGUUUCCAAAAGAAAAUAGAGUUUCUCCACUGGCAUGAUGGUUUGGCAAUUGUACUUCUUUUUAUUUCUUGUCUUGGAAUUUUGGCUAUCUUUGCAAUUGCAAUCCUGUUUGCUAAGAACUUUGAUACACCGGUCGUCAAGGCAUCUGGAGGCAUUCUUUGUUAUGUCAUCCUCAUUUCUAUUCUAUUAAGCUUUGUAAGUACAGUCUUUUUUAUUGGUGAACCAGUUGAGUUCAAGUGCAAAGUAAGGCAAACUAUGUUUAGUAUAAGUUUUACAACAGUGGUGGCAUGUAUUUUACUUAAGUCAAUCAAAAUCUUGUUGGCUUUCACAUUUGAACCAAAAGUUCACAGUAUUCUGAAGUUUCUCUACAAACCAUUUACUUUAGUGUUUGUGUGUAUCGGGAUUCAAGUGAUUAUUUGCACCACUUGGUUGGUAUUUUGGUCUCCACAUAUCAAAGAGAAUUUCUCUUUUCCAAGAACCAUCAUAUUGGAGUGUAAUGAAGGCUCCACUGCGGCAUUUGGUAUAAUGCUGGGAUAUAUUGCUGUCUUGGCUUUUGCCUGUUUCAUUUUUGCAUUUAAAGGCAGAAAACUGCCAGAGAACUACAAUGAAGCCAAAUUUAUAACAUUUGGAAUGUUGAUUUACUUCAUUGCAUGGAUCACUUUUAUUCCCAUAUAUGCCACUACAUCUGGCAUAUACUUACCAGCUGUUGAAAUGAUAGUAAUCCUUAUAUCAAACUAUGGCAUUUUGUCAUGUACAUUUUUACCAAAGUGCUACAUUAUCUUAUACAAACAAGACACCAAUACAAAGACUGCUUUCCUUAAAAUGAUCUAUAAAUAUUCUUCUAAAAGUGCUAGCACUCUUACAGUAAGCCAGGUUUCAUCCAGUUCUGCCCCAUUACCUGAUAGGCAUGGUUCUACACAAGAUACAUUACGAGGGCCAGUCAAAUCAUCCGUAAGUUGUAUAAGUAAUAGCUUUUCUUUUCAUGAGAUGCUUGUGACAACAGAUAUACCCCCCACAGGGAACAGAAACCUCACAAGAAAAAGAUUGUCAAGUAUUUGAUGGACCAAUAAUAAACU